CUCGUUUUCGCAUACCGGUAGUACCAUGUGACUGUAUUACAACAUGGCUUCCGAAAGAGACGAGUCGAGAGAGCAGGGUGCAACUUCCCAAUGUGAAGAUGGAGAGAAGGAUGGUAACAAUGCAGUUGUGGAUGAUGCAGUUGCUUCUCCUGAGAUGCUAAUUAAGCAUCCUUUGCAGAACAGAUGGUCAUUGUGGUUUUUCAAGAAUGACAAGAAUAGAGACUGGACAGAGAAUCAGCGUUGCAUCACCUCCUUUGAUACAGUUGAGGACUUUUGGGGAUUGUACAACCAUGUACAGAAGGCCAGCAAGUUGCCUCCAGGCUGUGACUACUCCAUGUUUAAGGAAGGAAUACAGCCGGCAUGGGAAGAUUCUCGCAAUAAGAACGGUGGCCGCUGGCUCAUUAGUCUCAACAAACAACAGAGGCAUACAGAUCUUGAUAACUUUUGGCUUGAAACAUUACUGUGUUUGAUUGGGGAGGCCUUUGAUGAACAAAGUGAUGAUGUAUGUGGAGCAGUGGUUAACAUUCGAGGCAAGGGGGACAAGUUAGCAUUAUGGACAGUUGAUGCUAAUAGAGCAGAAUCCAACACAAAGAUUGGAAAGAAAUUGAAAGAACGGCUAAAUAUACCUGCAAAGUUUCCAAUAGGUUUCCAGGCUCACCAAGAUACCAUAUCAAAAACAGGCUCGACUGCCAAGAAUCGUUUCACAGUCUAACAUUUGGCCUUGAAAAGUGACUUUGCUGGACUGUGCAUAUUUGAAUGCAGGUGGUUCCAGUGCUAUGCUUGGCAGCAGGAAGUAUUCCCCAUCAAUGAAGUGGUGGCUACCCUGCCAACUUGCCUGUCUGCGCACCAACAUGCCUGUGUGUCUGUGUCUGCCUGCCUACCCACCACCAGCCUGCUGGCCCAUGUCAUUGGUUGUGGCACCCCCUUGUGUACAGUACAUAUAAGGCAGAGAGACACAAACACAUGAUAGCUGCUUGCUCCUGGACACUUUUUUAUUCAUGGAUUUAACAGUUAAAAACACUUAAGAUGAAAAGACUAUCCACAAUUAUGAAUGAUCAGUAUGUGGACUACCUUAUUCUGUACGGUUCCUCUUUGAUAAACUUGUGUCCAAGACAGUUCUAGAACAGCAA